AUGACAGAGGAGGAGGGAGGAGAGGCGCCCGUCCCCCUCCCGACCUACCUCCUCGGCAACAGUGAGUCUAGUGGCCGGGGUGGUGGUAGCAGUGGUGGUGGUGGUGGUGGUGCAGGGGCGGCGGCGAGCUCCCCCUUCCUGCCUAGGGUACACCAGCGCACCUCCUCGGGCUACCUGUGUCCCCGACCUACCCCGAGUUCAAGGUUACUCCGCACCUACCGAGGGAUGUACAGCCGGGGAUGUGAGGCGCGGCUACGCUCCUCCAGCUGCACAUGCUUCCAGAGGGGCGGCCAGGGGUGCCUCCGCCGGCCCCCCCUCGCGCAGGUCCGACGGGGAGCAGCGUGGGGUGGUGGGGGGCACUGGGGGGGCAGUCAUCGGACCCUUGCCAACGCCGCCCCCAGACCAGGGCAUUCAAGAACCUGGCGGCAGCACCAGCAGCAGGAGCGUGGGGCGGGGGAGGGCGGGGCACGGGGCGGGGGCCUGCUGCCCCGCAGUGGCUCCCCGUGGCCUCAGCUGGUCAUCCCGCGCAUCACCCUCAGCGACCCCAGUGGCAGCGAGAGCCAGGUGGAGGAGGAGCAGGGCUCAGCACCCCCCGGGCCCGGCCCCGGCUCAGGCCCCACCUCACGCUCUGGCCCCAGCCUGGCGCGCCGGGACCAGGGGGAGUUCAGCACCCGCUCGGUGUCUGGGGUGCCCCUCAGGCUGCUGGGGCGGCAAUACGCCGUGGACCGCCGCAGCCCCGACUCAGAGGACUCAUCCGGCCCGCUAGACGGGGCGGGUGACGGCCCCGGCCAGCCCCCGGAGCCCUUCUUCCCCUGGCGGGAGCACCUGGCGCCUUUCGACAUGGGGCUGUCCCAGGGCCCCGAGUCGGCCAUGUUGUUCCGCAACAACCUGCCCCGCGCCCCGCCCGACCGGGGGGCCGAGCGGGAGGCCGACAGUAUCUUCAGCCGCCCCUACUUCACCCCACACCUCAGCUCCUGUUGCCACGCUGGGCAUCACGCAGCGCAUCCAGGCUUGGGACUUCACCCGCUGCCGCAUCCCAGACAUCUCGGACGGUGUGGCUAAUGUGGUGGUGCGGAAGUGCAAGAUCCACAACGACGCGAGUGUGGACAUAUCCUCCGACGGCACCAUGCUGGCGGCCCUCAUCCCCGAGAGCCAGGCGAUGACCAUGGUUGGUUUUGGGCGCCCAGCCGUACACGUGAACUAACAGUCUUGGCUUCAGGGCAGGUCGCUAAAAUGGGGAGAAGACAGGAGGAGGAGGAGGAGAGAAGGAGGAGGAGGAAGAGGAGGAGGAGUGCCUGAUCCAGCAAGGUGAUUCACUGUCCGUCCACCCUCAGGAAAGACCUUUGAGAUCCAGCUCCGGAAAACUUCGAAAGGAAGAACCAAAGGAAGGAAGGAAGACCAUCUCAGAAGACCCCAGAGUCAGCCCCUACAGUCCAUCAUAGUCCAAGAAAUAGCUGAAGGAAGUCCCAAGUCCAAGCGACCUUCCUUUCUUUCUGAUUCAAGUCGUCUGUACCUUCAGCGAGGGGGCAAGGCGACCAUGGACCUCUCCCUUCCCUUCCUUCCUUCCUUUCCUUUCCCUUCCCUUUCCUUCCUUUUCCUUCCCCUUCCCUUCCUGUCCCUUCCCUUCCUGUCCCUUCCCCUCCCUGUCAUCAGCCACACAGUGUCUGCCAUCCAUGUCUUGCAGCAGGCCAGCCAUUCUGACUUGCUCUUCCUUCCAAGCAAGCAGUCACUCUCUCCUCAGCACAUGACCCAGAAGCUUCACUUGUCCUAUGCUUUUCAUCAAGUGCCUGGCUGUCUGCUGCUGCUCUUUGUCAUAGAGUUAAGUUGUCAUUAUCUUAGUUAGUUAGUUAGUUAGAGGUCCAGAUAAUUGUUGUAUGGGCAAGACUCCUGUCCCUCCCUCUCCUUCCCUCCCUUCCUCUCCACCUGUUCCCCAAGUUCCCAGUCUGUGGAGGUCCAGAUAAUUGUUGUAUGGGCAAGACUCCUGUCCCUCCCUCUCCUUCCCUCCCUUCCUCUCCACCUGUCCCCCAAGUUCCCAGUCUGUGGAGGUCCAGAUAAUUGUUGUAUGGGCAAGACUCCUGUCCCUCCCUCUCCUUCCCUCCCUUCCUCUCCACCUGUCCCCCAAGUUCCCAGUCUGUGGAGGUCCAGAUAAUUGUUGUAUGGGCAAGACUCCUGUCCCUCCCUCUCCUUCCCUCCCUUCCUCUCCCUCUCCCCCAAGUUCCCAGUCUGCAGAGGUCCAGAUAAUUGUUGUAUGGGCAAGACUCCUGUCCCUCCCUCUCCUUCCCUCCCUUCCUCUCCCUCUCCCCCAAGUUCCCAGUCUGCAGAGGUCCAGAUAAAUGUUGUAAGGGCAAGACUCCUGUCCCUCCCUCUCCCUUCCUUUCCAGUCUUUCUCUCUUGUUCCAUUAUUUAUUUUCUCUCCCUCCCUCUUUCUUUGCUCUCUCCCUUCUUUCAUCUCCUCUCCCUUCAGCCGCAUUAUCGUCUUCCUUCUAAUCCAUAGCAUUUUCUCUCUCCCUUUUACAUCUGCUUUAUUUCUCUCUCUCUCUCUCUCUCUCUCUCUCUCUCUCUCUCUCUCUCUCUCUCUCUCUCUCUCUCUCUCUCUCUCUC